AUGGGCCUUUUUGGACGAGUCUCUUUUUUGGUGAUUGCCUUUCUGUCCGCGGCGUAUUCCGCCUACGCACUCAGCGAGUAUCGUGCCGCUUGGUGCAUAUCCCGUGCCCGCAUUAUUAUCCCUAAAGCCGUGCGUCGCUUUCACGCCUCGCUGAAAAGGAAUGGGCUCGCGAGGAAUUGCAGUCACAGUCCCGAUAAGCGGACGGCGAAGGACGCCGACAAACCCGUGGCGGUGCAGCCAGGGGCGGCAGCGAAGUUUUCCACCUCAGCGGGCUGGUCAGCGGAGACGGGGGCAUUGUCUGGGUCUCUCUCCUGUCCCGUCGCCUUUGUGGACAACGCGGCCUUUGAGUCGAAUGUGCACGCAGUGGUCUCACUGCUGCUUGAAAGCAAGAAACAAAUACGAUUGUCCACCAAAGGCGUCCACUGCCCGGAGCUGCUGGAGCGUGCUGCAGCGCUGAUGGAGAGGUUUUCCCACCCGUGCUCAGACUACGAUAUCAUCGCCCCUGGAAGGCUUCUUGUGUCGGGUUUGCUUAUCUCUAACGCCGCAGAAGCGCUCCUGUGGGCGCGGCGCGGUACCUUCCCCUCCUUGUUGCUAGGAGAACCCGUCGUGGACGCGGUGAGCGCCGCCAACUACGUCGAGGCCAUGACUCUUAACGCCACCUCUAAGUUGCGUUGUCUGGUGGUGGUGGAUGCAGUGGCGCAGUUAGAAUUACUCUGGAACGCCGCCAAGGAGUGGAUCUUUAAUGGCGGGUACACCCGCCUGGGAUUUGACAGCGCGGUGGAAUCGCUACAAUUUGAUUUGAUGCUCCGUGGGAAUCUGUCGGAUGACGCUCCGUGGAGUCCAUCUCCAUGCGGCAAGGGGUCCCAGCCACUGCGCGGCUCUUGCCAUGUGUCGCAACUAUGCGACAUGGUGAAGGAAUUCAACGCGAAGGUGUCAAGCGAGAAGCUGCCAGUUGGGAUUCAAUUCGUUAUUCGCGGGUUGUGGACACACGAAGAUGGGCUGCUGUCGGGUACGGAUAUGGCUCCUACGCCCUCACAUACCACCAGUUGUUUCAUCCCGGCGCGAUGGUGCAUGCGAUACCCACCCCUGCGGUGGUACAAGCGGCAUGCAGCAAAGCAAAUUCAACUGCGCCGUUGCUCAAUGCUUGAGCAGUUGGGGUACAAGAAGCGGCCGCCGCCUGAUGAAUUUCUUACCAGUGGUGGAAGCAGUGCGUCGCUUGCCUACGCUGCACAAGAUGAAACCCUUGCCGAGGUGUGCGUCGCGGCGGGCUUGCUGUGCGGGCACCAUAUGGACCGCUAUGCCAACUCCAUCUUUAAGCCGUCGUUGUACUUUGCACUGGCAGUAACUCGGGUGAGGCCGAAACGUGUGCUCAUCUGCAGUGGAUUUGGGCACAGCCUCUUUGGUGCCGUCGCAGUGUAUCCGCCACAGUUGCGCUCCACGCAAUGUCAUGGCACCCACGUGGACGAAGACCUUGAAAUGGGCGUGAUGCUGUCAGAUGGCACGUCAGCAGAAUAUUUUAUUGGUAUCGGCGACCCCGUCGUGUUUCGUCCCAAGUAUAGCAGUACACUGCUUGAACUUGUGGACUCUCUUCUGCUUAUUACGGAGGAGGGUGAAGUGUCGGCGUCCAUGCGCACCUACAGAGGGGAGGGAUGGAAUAUAUGGGCUUGA